AUGGCUUCUAGCAACACGCAAACCAUCGCCUUCUUCGGCGCUACCGGCGACUGUGCAGGCUACUGCCUCGCCGCGGCCUUGAAAGCUGGCUACGACUGUAUCGCGCUCGCCAGGACUCCGGCCAAGCUUAUAGCAUCGCAGAAUGCUAAAGGCGUCUCCCCACAGGCAUUGGACUCCCAUCUCACCAUCAUAGAGGGCAACGUAAAGGAUGUCGCAGCGGUCAAGCGUACUCUGGUGUGCAACGACAAAAUGGUAGACCAUAUCGUCAGCGGAAUCGGCGGCACACCAGCAUUACAAUGGAGUUAUCGGCGACCUGUCACCUUGACCGACACCACAAUCUGCCAGGAUGCUGGGCGCGUGAUCCUGCAAGGCGCAACAGAAGUCUCCCGCGAGACGAAGGCAUUGAAAAAGCCCGGCUUCAUCAAUAUCUCAACUACCGGGAUCUCGCCACCGGAAGUACCGCGAGACAUUCCCUUCUUGUACAUCCCAUUCUACCGCUGGGCACUCCACGUGCCACAUGUGGACAAGGCCGUACUGGAGGAACAACUACGCGAAUACGUGCAACUGCCGGAGAAUGAGAAAGGGCUCAGCGGAUUUGUCAACGUCAAGCCCUCGCUUCUUAUGGAUGGGCAGGGCAGAGGUCUUCAGGCGAUCCGAGCCGGACCAGAUGAGAAGCCUGCCGUAGGCUAUACAAUCCAGAGGAAGGAUGUGGGAGAUUUCAUGUUCGAGAGAUUGGUGAAGGGAGAAGUGCCGUCAGAGUGGCGGAAUAAGAGCGUGAGCAUCGCGUAUUAG